GGGCGCACUUGAUGAAGAAACAGGCGGAGAAAAUUUCAACAUGUCCAACAACAUGUGUUCCGCAGAAAAUGACAAGAGACCGCAGUUUGGGAACAGAUUUCUGACGGACACUGACAAAGUCUUUCAACAUAAUGCGUGAAAUGAACAAAUCCGGCUGUCAUGCAAACACUCAUGAAUUUGAUCUCUAAAUUUCGGCGGCUGCUGGUUUUUCACGACAGCACAGCUCACUAUCUAAGAAAGCCACUGGUUCCCAGCUUCGCCUGCAGGCUCUCAGACAGCGCGCCAGUACACCACAAACUGUGGGAUAAUGUGGUUUGGAGCGAAGCCCAGAUAUGUGAAGCACAAAAGAAAGUGGAAGCCAAUUCUUGCGAAUACAUGAAGCCAGAUCUCAGAGACAAAUUAGAAGCCGAAGCUGAUAGUCAGUGGGACGGCUUCUACUCCCAGCAUCAGAACCGCUUUUUCAAAGAUCGUCACUGGCUUUUCACGGAGUUCCCAGAACUCGCCACCACGUCACCCUCCUCUAGACCAAUCCAACAGGACAGCUCCCCACCCACGGAAAAACAAAGCACCCCAGGAACCCAACCAGACUUGGAACGGUCUCCAAAAGAACCAAGUUCUGAGGACUUUCCGAAGUUGUCAGAAAGUGCAGAAGGAACAAAUCGCUUGGAAAAUGAGGGCAAUGCAUCUGCUAAAACCCAACUAAGUGAAUUUGGCAACGUCACUGCCAAAGUUGAUGAUCGGUUGAUUGAAGGUGUCGUUGAGGAAACUAAAGUUCCUCGUAGAGCCGACACAGAUUCACCACAGAGAAAUGAGGCUGCCACUAGAAUUUCUGAGGAAUGUGGCGCCAGAGAGUUUGCAGGAAAUUUGAAUUUAGUUGACGGUUCUUUGGAAGAGAGAACUAGCGGUAAUUUGACAAAUCCGCAAAAAGAAUCGGAUGGGGAAAAGUUUCCAGGUUGGAGUGCGAAGACCCGGAUUCUGGAAGUUGGGUGCGGAGUCGGAAACACUAUUUUUCCAAUUCUUCAAACCAAUAUUGACCCAGGUUUGUUUGUUUACGGCUGUGACUUCUCCAGUGUGGCAAUAGACAUUGUUAAGCAACACCACGAGUACAGCCCUGAACGAUGCCACGCCUUUGUCUGUGACAUCACAGAUGAGGGUGCAGCUUUGCCAUUUCCAGAGGGCAGUUUGGACAUAGUCAUUCUCAUAUUUGUGCUGUCGGCAAUCCACCCGGAAAAAAUGCAGAAAUCGUUGCAUAGAUUAGCCAGCUAUCUCAAGCCAGGUGGGCUGAUCUUGCUGAGGGAUUACGGACGCUACGACAUGGCACAGCUACGCUUUAAAAAAGGGCGAUGUUUGUCGGAUCACUUCUAUGCCAGAGGUGAUGGAACCCUGGUUUAUUUUUUCACGCAAGACGAGUUACGGACUCUCUUCACCGGAGCCGGUCUAGUGGAGGAGCAGAACAUCGUGGACCAUCGUCUGCAGGUGAACCGGGGACGUCAGCUGACCAUGUAUCGGGUCUGGAUGCAGUGCAAGUACAGAAAGCCAACGCAGGCCGAUGGACAGACGGACCAAAGAUGUGUAAUGUCUGAAUGAGUCGUCUCAAAAAAAAUUGGUGAUCAUACACAAAUAUUCCAAUUUCAUGAGUUUCUUUGGAAAGUAGAAAACUGUUAAGCAGAUUUUCUUGGCUGAGCAAAAGUUUACUGGGAGCCAGUCACUGGCAAAAUAUACAUUGCAUGGCAUUUUGGCUGGUGACCUGUUUUAGAUGAGCAAAUAUUUUUUGCACUUGGUAAAUUUCUGUGCUUAGCAGCUGCACGAAAUUUGGCUCUUAUCCCUGAAUGAUUUAGGGCGCUGUUUCACUCACAUUUUGGGGCCUCAGAGGUGAACACACUUUUGUGGAA